UUUUGCAGAUUAAUAACGGAUGUCCAUACUAAAGAAUUAACAAUAUAAAAUGAAAGAACAUCAAAAGCUGGAACAUCCAGCUCAGGUGAAAACCAAAAGUUUUGAGGAUGCUGCGUUUGAAAUGCUUUCGACGGUCAGUCCAAUCAAAUUGCCACGCGACGAGAUUCCAUUCGAUUCUGUCAGAGAAAUAGUUCUUGGAGAGAUCAUCAAAAGCAAGCAACGAAACUCGAGAUCAUCAGCAAAUGACAGAAGAAACAUGGACGAUUUGCUCGACGAGGCGCCCAGCUCAUCGAGCUCUUCAAGCCACGUUGGAGAGUCAUCUUCAUCGAAUUUGGACAGAGGAACAAUGACUGAUGAAGGAUGUACAGAUAUUGGAGGAGCACCAAGACCAAUUGCUGCCAGGCUUUAUGGAGAUUGCACGCGUUCUUCGUCGACUUCAACAUCUUCUGCAGCAGGUCCAUCUUGCUCAUCUGAUGUCGCUACCGUUGAGAAUAGCAAGAAAAAACCAUUAAACUAUCGGGAGAAACGACUCGCCGAAAUUCGUGCAGCCCGUCUCAAAAAAUACAGAGAAAAUGCGGAAAUCGUCGAAUUUAAGUGUGAAGAGAAUUGUCUGGCGGAGGUUUUCACCAAAUAUUACCUGGAACUUUUGGACGAUGAAGCAGGCCCCGCAAACUUGUAUUAUCGAGUCGUGGAAUCUCUGGAUGUAUAUUUUCGUGUCAAGACCUGGGAGAGCAAUUGUCCAAAGCUACUGUGUGAAUUUCUCUGUGAUCAUAUUCUUAAAACAUGUCAACAACUGAAUGAAUUACACGAAUCCAAAAAUAUGACAGACGAAUGGAGAGCAAGAGAGUGUCAGAUUCAGGUGCUCCUAACGCUUCAUGUUUACGUGGUUACUGAUGAACGUCGUUGGCUGGAUGAAGCGAUCAAUAAGCUGAGAAUGAUCUAUAUUUCAGUUGGAGCAGAGAGAUUGAGAACUUUUGUUGAGGAACCUGUUACUGAUAUUUAUCUCGAAUUGAUUGGCGAUGGUCUCGCAACGAUUUACGACGAGCUUUGCAUAAAUCUCCCGGCAGAUCUUAUCCAAUACGAUACGGGGCUCUUUAAAAUGACUGAAACUGAUGACUCUCUUGUUGUUAAACGUCGAAAUGGAGCUGCAAAUCGAUUGGAACAAAUGUUAAAUGAGACAUCGGCUGAUUUAGGAGUUGGCGGAGUUGAGAGAGCAAGAAGAACUUCAACAGAGGCCGCUGCUCCACAGAGAAGAAGUUUAAAAAGACGAAAUAUUGAAGAUGUUCCAAAAGAACUGCUCUCCCCGGCACGGACAACACGAACAAGUCGAUCUGACUACAAGCAUUUUUUUGUCGAGGACACUCCAGAUGAGAAAUAUCAGAAGAAAACGACGAAAGUGGAAGAAAUAGAAAUGAAUGAAGAAGAAGACGGUGAAAUUGGUGCUGAGAGUACAUCGAAACGAAAGACUGUAACUAUAAAAGAAGAAAUUGAUGAAGAAGUCAAACAGACACCAAUGGCAAAGCUGAGAGCAUCAGCGAAGCUUAAUGGAAAGAGAUGCUCCAAACGUCUAUCAGAUCUCGUUAAGCUCAGCGAAGAACGUACUCAGGUCACGAAGAAAGCUCGCGAGAACUUGAACAAACUUCUCGAGAAAGCGAACACUCCGAUCCGUUCAGUGACUCGUCCAAUUCGUAAAAGUGUGCUUUUUGGGUCAGCGGGAUCCAUGUCAUCAUCGCCUGCAACUACAAAGUGUGCACGUGGUACAUCAUCUCGCACUUCACUUUUGAAUAAAUUCUCCGAAAUGGAAGAAAAGAAGAAAUCACCAUUAGCAGUGGAUACAUCAGAUGGACAUAUUAUUCAUACACCAUCAUCUGCUUCUGAAUCAACGACACCUGUUCUCAGAGAUCGAGCAACUCGACGUAGAACAACACGAUUUAAUGAUAAAAAUUAUCAGCCGAAUGUGUUGAAACAAGAAAUGCAUGAUCCGGAAUUCGAUGCAAUGGAAUCAUCAAUGGCUUCACCGUCAAAACGAACAACUAAAAACUCUUCAACCGCCGCUUCUGCAUCAACAACUCCCGUUUCAAAAUGGACUGAUCGUCAAUUAAAACGACAAUUGGGUUUGACGCGUGAAGACCUCAAUAGAUAUCGCGAAGCGAUGCUGACGACGGGUGAGAGAAAUCGAAAUAAAAAUGUAAAAAUAAAUUGGGAAAGUGCUCAAGUGAAUCGAGCUGGACGUGUGAAAGGAGCCGGCGCCAGCGAAGAUGGGACACCGAUUUUUGGAAUUGCGAGGAGAAAUGUGCGGACAAUGAUUUGCCACGUUUUGUUGAAUGACACGAAUCCAGACACGAGCUUUGAUUGGAAUAAGGUUAAAUUCGACGAUUUCUGUGGGAAACCUCGAACCCGGCAAUUCCAAUCUCUAAUCCAAAAACCAGAAGCCUAUAUGGAAUCUCUUAAACAAAAAUACAUUGAAUCAAGAGUUUCAUCAGCGAAAAGAAUGCGAUCAAAUGAUGGUGCUUCUACAUCUUCAAGACCUGCAAAGCGUCGGCGGAGUAAUGCUUCAUCUCCCAAAAAACAAACGGCUUCAUCUUCUGCUUCAUCCACAAAAAGCUUGAAAUCGCCGGUGAAACUCGAAGCUUUUGAUGAUUUUGGUUUCGAAUCCGAAGCUGAUGAUUAGCUUUCUUCUUCCUCAUGUUCUCGAUAAACUUAAUUAGAAAUUUUUCCAGAAUUUAAUGUUUAAAUAGAUUGAUUCAGAUCACUUUCACGCAAAUUUCUGAAAAAAAAACACCGUAAAUUUUCUAAUUAUGUUUAUUGGUUUUUCGAGUACUUUCCCUCCUUUCUCCAUUUGUCUGCAAAAUUUCAUCUGUUACCAUGUUCUCCUGUUUUUAUUCAAAUCUUUAUAAUUGUUUUUUUUUCAAAUUUUUCUCUCAAUUACCAAUGAUCUUUCCUUUUUUCUUUAAUGCCAAUUGCAUAUUUAUAUUUUAAUUUAUUUCUGUUUUAACCGAGAUAUCUAAAUUCUUACCUCCUAUUCCACUUUCUUUCAAAAAAUUACAUUCAAAAAAUCGUCUGAAUCUCCAAAAUUCAAUAUCUUAUCAACGAAUAAAAUUUUUAUCUUUGCUCAAAA